AUGGAUACAAACAUGCCAGUCCUAGAUGGCAUCAACGCAACCCAGAUCCUGCGCACGCAGCCCCCCUUCGCCAUGGACCCGGUCCUCCACUGCACCCCAAUCAUCGGCUUGGGCGUGUCUUCUCUGGCACAACUGCCCAGGGACUGGUACGCUGGGAGCCACUUUGACGAUUUUCUGCGCAAGCCUUUUCGAAUGAGCGAGAUCCGGCGGGCUCUGCUGAGGUGGUCCAAGGGGCAUUUGGCUCCGAUGCCGGGUCAACAGCCUCUCCGGGAUACCAAUGCAGUCCAGCCUCAGAGGCUUGGAUUGGCAGGGGGCUUGAAGAGGCCUGGCUUUGUGUAUGUUAAUAAUUGGGGGGAGGUGCCGUUGCGGAAGUUCCGCGGACCGAAGUCAUUGCUGUAG